UCAACAACUCAGUACUUCACGCCGCAUUCUGUGGACGGAGGAAUGCCAAAACGGAAUACCGUCGAAGCAAACGGGGAGCACCAUUCAACAACCACCGACGAUGCGAGUCGGUCAAAGAAGUCCAAGGCCGCGAGCGACGCCUUGAUCGAUGCCGCGAAUUCUCGACCAGCUCAAGAAUUCCAAAGUCUCUAUAUCAAGAGCGAACGACUCAUUUACUCCACUCGAGACGAUACCAGACUCAACAUCACAUUCAAAGCAUCCUCGCAGUUGACGAACGACGAGCUGGACGCCUGUUUGCAUCUCAUCGACACCACGAGCCGGCAUGACUACGAAGCAAGCAGCUGGGGCUGGCAUCCGAGACGCAAGAAGCGUGAGAUGAAGGAAGCCGAGAUGCGCUACCUCCUCGUCCACAAUGCAUCCGACGAAACUCAAGCAAUCCAAGGCUUCCUCAGCUUCAUGCUCACGCACGACUCCACCCCGAGUGUGCCGGUGGUCUAUGUCUACGAGGUUCACCUGGCUGCGACAUGGCGCGGCGUCGGGCUCGGGGCGCAUCUGAUGUCGAUUGCCGAGAGUGUGGCGGCGGAGGUUGGCGUGGAGAAGAUCAUGUUGACAUGCUUUUGCAGUAAUGAGAAGGCUCGGGCAUUUUAUGAGGGUCGGGGGUAUGCUGUUGAUGCCUCGUCUCCUGAGGACCGCAGGACAAGGGGAAAGGUUGUCAAGGUUGAUUAUGUUAUCAUGAGUAAAGACGUGGUCAAAUGAUCUCAAAUGAAUGGAAGGGAACAUGGUAUGUGUAUCGCGAUCUGGAUGGUUGGCAUGCAUGACACACUAGAUGACAGGCCCGUGUGGAUAGAGGUCUGUCGAUUGCACAACAGUCUGCUUACCACUAGAAUGAGCGAGGAGCCACCUCAUUGGUGUGCAGAUGGACAGGCGGUUUAGAGAGCAGUGACAUUUCAAUUCAUC